AUGGGGUACGUAAAACAGGAAAAACACCCACUCGAAUACGAAUAUUUACAACCGGAGCAUUUGAAAGGAUUCGAUUCUUACAAGUAUAACUGUGUCGACAACUCUCCAUUAUCAGUCUACGUCUCACACCCGUUUUGGAAUUGGUUAGUAGAGUUCUAUCCACGAACAUGGGUCCCGAACGUACUAACACUCGUUGGAUGGGGAUUCGUUAUGGCUGGAUUUUUCAUCGAAGGCUAUCUUGAUUAUCGAAUUGACAGAAACUCCGACGGAUCUUUGAAUCCAAUUCCAGAUUGGUUCUGGUUCGCAGCUGCUCUUUGCACAUUCCUUGGUCAUACAUUGGAUGGAACAGAUGGAAAACAAUCUAGAAGAAUUGGUGCAAGUGGUCCGACUGGAGAGCUUUUCGAUCAUGGCCUCGAUUCUUGGUCAACUGUUCCAUUCACCAUUACAAUUUUCUCAAUUUUCGGACGUGGAAGGUUCAGUAUAUCGUCUGUUGAACUGUUAUGUGUGCUGAUCAGUACACAAAUCGUGUUCUUCACCACACAUUGGGAGAAGUACAAUACUGGAAUCAUGUUCUUGUCCUGGGCCUACGAUGUCAGCCAAUUUGGUCUCGUUAUUGUGUACCUCUGGACCUACGUCGUCGGUUACAAAUGGUUCCAUUUUGAUUUGUUUGGUGUUAAUUUCGCGCUCACAUUUGAAAUUGGAUUUUACUUGUGCUGUCUGAUGUCCUUGAUUGCUUCUGCCUACAAUGUCAACAAAGCUGAAAAACUGAAACAACCAACACUACUUGCCGGAGUCCGUCCAGCAUGGCCAGUAUUGGUUCUCUUCGCAUCUUCAAUCUUUUGGGCCGUCAAGUCGCCAACAAAUGUUAUUGAUGCUGAUCCCCGAUUUUUCUUCUUCUGCAUGGGAACAGUUUUCAGUAAUAUUACGUGCCGACUGAUCAUUGCUCAAAUGGCGAGCACAGUAUGCGAUAUAUACAAUUUGACACUUGGAAUCUAUCUCGCAACAAUUGGCAAGUCUCUUGCCUUCUACAGUCCAGCACACGAGCUACUAAUCCUUCGACUUUCUACUCUCGUCAUAACUGCCCUCCAUCUCCAUUAUGGAAUCUGUGUGGUUCGCCAACUCUGCCGGCACUUCAAAAUUUACGCCUUCGACGUCUCGUAUCUUCAAAAUCGAAGCAAAUAA